CUUCCGGGCGCUUUCACUCUGAACUUGUAUGGGGCAGUUCAGUAGAGUAGACAAACAUUGAGUGAAACGAAACCAUACACGUGUUAUGUUGAUGCACGCAGACAGGUAUAUGUAUUAAACAUGACUGUACAACGACGAGUAAUCAGUAAAAACCCAGAAAGUAGCGCCAUUGAAAAGAAAAUUAAGAGGGGAAAUGCGCAGAGACAGGCCUCUUCAUGGAGAGGUAACUGGCCCACGCUGUUGCUGUUGAUAGGAGUCACUGGACUAGUGAGCCUGGUGUAUUUCACAUGGACUGAUGACUUUACUCACACUUUGGUGUCAAGAGGUGAAAUCCUCACUCAGCCCAGAGUGUUCACAGUGGACUGCUCUGAAGACUACAAGGAGCACAAGCUAUUCCCAGGUUGCACCCCGACAAAAUGCGGCAGAGCUAUUUCAGACAGUGUGGUGACUUUGGAGGAGGCACAGAAGCUUAGAAGGUUAGGUGAGCGGGGGUUAUCACUUGCUGGCUCAGAUGGGGGUGCCUCCAUUCUGGAUCUUCACUCUGGGGCGCUGUCGAUGGGAAAGCAGUUUGUUAAUAUCUAUAAAUAUUUUAAGAAUGAGAUAAGGGAUGUUUUUACAGAAGAAGAUUUUGAACUAUACAAGGAUGUUCGUGGCCGAAUUCAAAAGGCGAUAGCUGAGACGUUUGGUCUGGACUCCAAACAGAUGUAUCUCACCAAGCCCACCUUCUUCUCUUGCAUCAACAGCACCUCUGCCAAAACCACUCAUGAUGAGUACUGGCACCCACAUAUCGACAAGGAGACUUAUGGAUCUUUUGACUACACAUCUUUGCUCUACCUGUCCGAUUAUGGUUUGGAGUUUGGUGGCGGACGGUUUGUCUUCAUGGACCCGAAUAGCAACAGAACGGUGGAGCCACGGGCUGGUCGAGUAUCUUUUUUCUCAUCCGGUUCUGAGAACCUCCACCAUGUGGAGAAGGUCGUUUGGGGCACACGAUAUGCCAUUACGGUGUCCUUCACAUGUGACCCCGAUUAUGCCAUUGAUGACCCCUCCCUGCUGUAGGAUCCAUCUGGCUCAAAGGGACGGAUGAGUGACAGGAACCCUAGGGGAAACAAAGGAAAAUGCUGAAUCGCUCUCAUCUGGCACUUUCAACAGUCAGGUUCAUGGCAUAAAAAAACCUUAUUGUCCCAUUAGAAAAAUGUUUGGGAUUUUCUGUGCUCAAAUGGGUUUUGUCUCUGUUUUUAAUUUAAGAGGUGUUUUCAGGAGAUUUACUUGAACUGCUGUCAUUUUGAAGACACACAUCUUUUGGGUUUGGAAGAUGCUUCUUUACAAUUGAACUCUCUCUUUCCUGGCUGUUCUUCACUCUUUAAAAUCUUUUAUAUUAUUAUAGUUAAAUCACUGUCUAGACAGGCAACACAAAUGGGAUGAUUAAACGGGUGUAUGUAAUGAAAACAAGGAGUUGGGUACCCGGUUGUCAAAUAUCUCUGCUUAUGUCACCAACUGAAAAAAAAUGUCUUUGUAGAAUUGCUUUCAAAAACUGCAUAUGCUUCUAAUGAAAUAUGAACAUAUCAGAUAACCAAAAGAACAUUUUAUUCCUUCA